AUGAAGCAAAACAUUUUGUUCGCGUUUUCCUUAGCAGUUUGUCUGCUAACCGGCCAAGUGCGGGCUCAAGCUACUGUAGCUAUAAAUGUCGGUGGAAGCAUAAUUACUGUCGCUUCGAGCGAUAUCAACACCUUACUGGCAAUAGUAGCUUCCCUGCAGUCUACAACGACUACAGGAGCAGCAACUACCACGGUUGCCGGAGCGACGACAACAACGGCAGCUGCAACAACAACGACUACUGUAGCUGCAACAACAACUACUGCGGCCGCAACUACGGCAGCAACGACAACAACAGUUGCUGCGACAACCACAACAACUGUUGCUCCAACAACAACGACAACAGCUGCUCCAACGACAACAACAACCACGGUUGCUCCAACGACUACUACGACCACGGCUGCUCCAACGACUACUACGACCACGGCUGCUGCAACGACUACUACGACUGCUGCCACAACCACCACAACGGUUGCUCCAAUCACGGUUUCUGUCACAGUGAAUGGAUCCACAGUGACCGUAUCCUCCUCCAACAACUCCCUAGUGAACGUUGUUCUUCAGAUAAUCUCCAGUUUAACGGCAACUACAACCACGACCACGGCCUCAACGACCACAACAACUACGGCUGCCGCAACAACGGCAGCAACAACGACUACGACGGCAGCUGCGACGACUACUACGACCGCUGCCGCCACUACCACCACAACUGCCGCGGCCACUACUGCAGCAACGACUACUACCACUGCUGCUCCGACUACUACGACUACUACCACCGUAGCAACAACCACUACGAGGAGGCCAUGUCAUCCUCAUCCUCAUCCUCAUCCACCGUACGGUGGCAUGGGAGGACGAUUGGGCAUAUUCGGCAGAGCAGGUUAUGGGCUAGGUGUUCGUGCCGGUGUUGUAGCUCCACAAGUUGGAGGAAUCCUACCGGCCGUGGCUCGUACCGUUGUAGGCACGGGAUUGAGCGUAGUUGGUUCCGCUGCCAACUUGGCCGGGAAUGUGGUUAACGCCGUUGGAAACGUUGCGAACGGAGUGCUGGGAGGACUCGGCAAUGCUGCCGCCAGUAUUGGCAGCGGAUUAAAUACUGCGUUGACUGGAGGAUUGAGCACUGGCUUGAACACCGGACUGAGCGCAGGUCUAAGCGGUGGACUGAGCGCAAAUGUCCAAGCUGGCACGAGGUACGUCGGAGGACACAGUCAUGGAGGAGUUGGAGGAAGAUUCUAUGCAGGAUUUGGAGCAAUGGGAUAA